AUGGUGUCUCCCGGCGCCCGGGAAGUGGUAAACCAUCAGAAUUUAAUAAAAGUGAUCAGAAAUCAGAUCUCAAAUCUUAUACAUAAUUACCCGAAAUACUUGUUGGUCAGAAUCGGUGAAAUGAUUGGUCAAAGAGAAAGCUAUGAGAAAGUGGUACCACUUAUACCAGUGAUAGAGUCGCCAACUGUCCCGAAAUUACCGGAUACUCGAGUUCUACCAAACGUAUUGUUCGUUGGCAUCGAUUCGGUGUCGAGACUGCAGUUCGACCGACACUUUCCCAUCACUGCCCGCAAUGUAAUCAGUGGACAGGGAUUUAACACAAUGUAUGGCUAUAACAAAGUGGCCGACAAUACCUUCCCAAACCUCACACCACUUCUCACCGGACAUUAUGUAGAGGACCUCUGGAAUGAGACUAUGGAUGAGCCGUUUGACUACUUUCCCUUCAUUUGGAAAGAAUACCAACGGAAAGGUUACCGAACCCUAUAUAUGGAAGACGCGCCGAAUAUGAAUACAUAUAAUUAUGGGCGACGAGGGUUUGUCGACCCGCCCACUGACUACUACCUCAGACCAUAUUACCUGGCUAUGGAUGACAUGACUGAUGAAUAUUUAAUCGUGUUCUUCUCGGACCACGGGUUGAGGUUCGGAGACAUACGACAGACACUGUCGGGAAAGUAUGAGGAAAGGCUGCCUUUUAUGCACAUAUAUGUCCCCCAGAGAUACCGUUCCCGCAAUCUGACGGUCAAU